UGGCGAAGACGCGCUAAGAUCUCAACCGCACGGAUCCGUCAUACAAGGUAGGCGACCUCGUUUAUGUGAAGGCCUGUGUCGGUCGCUCAAAGCUCGACGAGAGACGAGUGGGUCCCUGCAAGGUGAUCGAAGUACAAGAGGAGCAGCAUUACCUCUUAGAAGAUUCCGCAAAAAGAGACCGGGCGCACGGCAAGUCAAAACGACUUCGAGGGGUGGCAAACCGAAGCUCGAACGGGCACUUCGCCUCGACGAUCAAUUAGAUUCGGUGACAAAAGGCGGCCCAAAUAGUACAAGAAUGUUUAAAAGUGACCUACGAACAUUUACUUAUCAAAUUGAACCGGAUUCACAAUUAACAAUUAUUGAAAAGUCUCCAAUAUCCGUUCAAAAUUUAUUUAAUUUUAAGGAUAAAAUACCAAAUUACUUAACGUCUGAUAUCAUUUAUAACGUUAAAUGUAAGGACUGUGGUUCACAGUAUAUGGAUAAAACUAAACGACAAGCAUGUAGACGACUCUGUGACCAUGGAUUACCUAAAGAUACCUAUGGUUCUCAAUCAUCAUAG